CGUUAUGUUAACUCGCCUCUCUCGAUUAGCUUUACCUCCUCUGUGUUAGUGCUUGUCACGGUAACGUGCACAUUUUCUCAUUCAUUACGUUUCUGAAUGUAUUUUUUUUUUCUUUACAGCACAUCAUGUUGGUCAAAGUGAGAUUUGGUGAAACUCAGAAGUAUGUUAAAGUUGCCCAAACUGAAGAGGGCUAUGAAGACUACAAUACAUUUCUUCAGAAAGUCAUAGAAAAGUUAGGUCUUCCAUUGCAGACCGAGCUGCAUGUCACAGAUGAAUCUGGGACAGAAGUGGAUGCGGAUGUGUAUGAGGAGCUUUUAAAAGCAGGGAAUCUUAUCAUUCAUGUGUCCACAGAAAAGUCUACAGAGUUGCUUGUGUCCGACACGUCAUCCUCUGUGGCGUCUGAUUCAUCAGAUGCAACAGUGAUUCUUGAUAGAAACAAUGUAUAUAAAAGAACCCACAUUGAGCGGGAAUCAGCAAAUGAGAUGGUGAGAAACGUUCUCCAGUCUAAGCCGGGGGGAGAAAAAAUCUUGCACGAGUAUGACAAAACAAAGACAUUGACGGAUGCUACACGGCGACAAAUGGUAAACCUCCUGGUUGCAGACAUGAUGGAAGUACAUGGGAGAAUACCACCAACCCAUGUGCGAACAAAAUAUGCUGUUGGCAUCACCACUCUAUUUCCUAACCUUAGUGAUCCAUACUCUGGAAACGGAUAUGAACUCUACUAUGAUGCAGAAAGUGGGUCUGGCUACUUGGCCUGGAGGAUAAAGACCGUCCAGCGCAACACUGCAGUUCAAUCUCGGAGAUGCUCCACCAGCACUACGUAUGGUCCAAAGAGCAAGAGGGAUUUUCUCCUGGCUGACAAGCAACUGUUCGGCGAGGAAUGCCGUGAGGCAAUAUCCUUAUUGAAACAUUCAACUGAUGUGUCAGUUGUCAAAGAUAAGAUGAUGGCAACAUUUCAAUACCGCCAGACGCUAGUUCAGGACCAGCAAAACUCUGCAACAGUCUUGGAUGUGUUCCCGCGGUUUCUCGACAUCCCCGGCUUGAUUGACCAAGAUUUCACCAUGAUGUUUGGAGAAGAGGUUUCUGGCAGAUUUUUGGCAAAAUGGCCGACGUACUUCAAACCCAGGCUCCUGGCAGACUGCAAGAACCGGACUUCUAAUGAGCAUGUUGAAGAACUCUUGUCUGCGCAGCAAAACUCAAAUGAGUCUGGCUGGGACAGUGACCUGUCAAGCGUUCUACUGCUGGUUCACCUGCUCCCCCCUACGUCAAAAGGCCACAAGAAGAGUGCUAAGAUUAGCUCAUAUCAAGCUGUCAACCAUGUGGCGAGAUAUCUUAAGAUUGGAGCCAGUGUUGAGGCCUUCCUAGGGAGCUUGGAACCAGGACAGCCCUUCCUCCUCUGUGUUGGUGAACAGAAGAACAACAUUCAGAGGUUCUAUGUCAUCAUUGACAAGAAGGCCAUCCCUUGCAAGGCGCAAACAUCCCUGGCAGCUUUCGAUGAGCUUUUCAAGGCACACUUCAUCUUCAGUGUUAACUACCAUGAAUCCCUCAACAGCUUCUACACAUUCAUCCAAACCACAGUGUUUAACAUCAACUUGGGAAGGUUCAAAAAACACCUUUUUCGUUUGCACAAGGACACUUGUUCACCAAAUAAACACCUCGUUCGUUUGCACAGGGCCACUUGUUCACCAAAUACUAUUGACAAUGUGGACGCUCAAAGUGAAGCACAAUUGCAAGCAUCAGGUGUUGCUGAGAGCACUGUCCAAGCAAUGGUAGGCUCAAUGGAAGAGCUUGUAAAUGACAUUCAUGAGCAAACAAGAGAAGCUUUUCUCAGCUCAGCCAAACGACAGAAGUUCUUCGAGGAAAAGUGGGAAAUAGUUGAACCUGUAGAGGGUACAACAUUUUGGAGGCACCGCUGGGAUAUACUCGUCGGAGGGCAGUCGUCACAUACCUGGCCGACACUUCCUGAUGCAGUACAUCCCCUAAAACAACCCAGCUUAACAGUGAAGAGUGGAUUGAGUUCCUGCAGUAAAGGCGAGACAGAGGCAAAGAACCAGAAACCUGAGGCCACAGAGAUCAUCAGUAAGACCUUUGAGAACCACGUCCAGGAUGUAAAGAAAGUGCUGCAACGGCUGAAGGAACAUGGCGUCAAACUCAAGCCAAAGAAGUGUGAGCUUUUCAAACCUGAAGUCCGUUACCUGGGAAGAAUAGUCUCUGCAGAGGGAAGUAAAGUUGAUCCUGCAGACACAGAAGCUGUCAGAUCCCUGAAAGACAAACAACCAAAAAAUGUCGAUGCGUCAGCCAAAGGCUUGGGUGCAGUAUUGUACCAGAAUCAAAAUGGAAAACUUCGUGUGAUUGCCUACGGAUCUCGUACUUUAUCUGCUGCUGAGAAAAAUUACCACCUACACUCAGGCAAGCUGGAAUUUCUUGCUCUGAAGUGGUGGGUGGCUGAAUUAGCAGAUUUCCACUUCACAAUCAGAUACCGCCCUGGCCGAGAAAAUAUUGACGCUGAUACACUAUCCAGAAUGCCCCUUGACAUCGGAACUGUGAUGAAUGAGUGUUCGGAGGAGCUGUCAUCAGACGUGAUAGGUGCAACAAUUCAGGCAGUAGAAGUUCAAGAAGGACCCAGCAUUCCAUGGUCAGUCUCGACAAACUGUUCCUCAUUGAAGUCUGUUCAGCAGUUCCAACCAUCACCCCGUUGCCUGUAA